AUGAGCAGUACUGUAAGAUCACUAAAAGGACUUGUUACUAAAAGGAACGACGCAGCGGUAAACUGGCUACAGGACUCCACCCAAGCGCUCGCAGACAUACAAGCCAAGGAAAGCGCAAGGAGGAUAAAAACCUGUGAGAGAUACAUUGAGCUUCUUGAGACAUCACUGACAAAGCUAACGAAGGCUUUUGAUGAAGCUCCAGAGACCACAGAAGAGGAGGAAGAUCACCUGGAUAAGUACAUAGAAAAAACCCAGGCAACGAUAAUGAAGCUGCACGAUCACAGGACACAGCUAGAAGAGACUCUAGAAGACAUCGGGAUAGAAGCAGAUGACCGGUCAAGCCCAUCUGCAGUCGUGACCAGUUCUACGAAGGCAGAAAUUGCACAGGACUCUUCUCCCCUUGAUGAAGGAGCUUCAAGAACCUUUGGACCAGAAACUGCUACAACUCUACUGUUACGGCAGAGACAUACUGCCGCCCCUUUGCACCCAGAAGAAACAACGAUGCAGAAAUUGUGGGAAGACUCUGACCCCAAACCACAUCAUCAGGAAGCUCGAGACUGGAUGCAAAUCAUGAAUCAGCAUUUCGAGACCCUUAUGCGGGAAAUGGAGAACGGAUUCACAACCAUCCGAGAAGAAAUCAAAAGGCAUCACGAGAAGGCACAAAGCGUAAAUACUCACACGGAGCAUCAAACCCCAGCAAGGACUACCCAGCCAGAGGACAAAGUGAGGGAAGGACAUGUCAAGAAUCGCAGACACUGGAGAAGAUCCCUUACGACUGCGCAAAGGAGGUCGAACACAGCACCUAGCUUGCAAAAGAAGAGCACUAAAUGGCGAGGAAACAACGCAAUGAUAUCCGAAACACAGAAUACAAAAGAGCGCAAACUGAGUUCUUCGAAUGGUCAGAGAGAACAAACGUUGGCACGAGGAACCCAAACAUGGCUCAAACCGGAAAGAUUGGAACCAGCUCAGCGCUUCUUCGCUGGACACGCCGGAGUAUACGAACUCCAUUCGUAUCAAUUUACGCGCCCUUCGAAGCACGGAGCAACGCACACCAACGUAGAUGGCAAUUUCGACAAGAAACACAGCGUCCAGAGACAAGUCCUUAAGCGCCCCAAGGAUAGCACAGUGGAUAAAACUCAGAGACUUACAAGACAAGUGAAACUAUUGCGGACGAUUGCCAAGAACAGACAAACGGACAUGGAAGUGGGAUCCGAUUCCCGAUGGCGCUCACGACAGCAGCAAAGAAUCCGAUACAGCACAGCAGGACUGAAGAAGUCGCUGAACGAAGGCAAUAUCGUACUCCCCAGGGAUGCGGCACGACCUACAUCAACCCACAGGAGGAAGACCACUCCCACAGUCCAGAUAGACGAAUCACCACAGAAAGCCACAAGGGAAGCUGUUAUGGGAGAUCCUGGUGGAUCCGGACUGCGACGACGGUCAACUCAUGCGCCACGGGAGAUUGACAAGCAAGGAUACAAAGCAAGUCGAUAUAAUGCCAACCAAGGAAAGAAUCCGCCAAAAAGAAGCAGAGCUACGAGCAGCGACACGGAAGUCAAAGUCAACGACUACCUCAACGACUACUUCACCAUCAACGGUGUUACUCCACUCGUCUGCUGA